AUGGCAAGACAUAAAAGGGGCGCACUUGGAAAGAAACAACCUCAUUUCCGCGCUGCCGGUGCUACUGCUGGCACUGGUAGCGCUUUUUUGAAAAAACCUCCCAGCCACGACCGCGGUGAGCAGCAGCCAGCCCGAAAAUGGGACGUCGCCUCUACGUUCGGCGACCCGUCACCUUCAGGCACUUCUAUGCAACAGUUAGCCUUGAAUACAAGAAACAAGACAUCACAUUGGGAUGAGAACUCGAGCCUACGGGGUCGACCUGUCACAUUCAUCAGCGGUGGAUUCGUCGAACCAUUAACCGAAAUUGACGUACCUGGCGACCCAACCAUGACCAAAGCGCCAACCAACGCAAUCCUUCCGGACGAGAUAAAACCCUCCGGUAAAGUCUGCGAAAUUUCAGCGCAAGCCACGUGUUCACCCCAGAUGUUGCGAGAAGGAGACACUUUCGGGGCCCCGUCGACGACAUUACAAGCAGAAGAAGAUUGUAGGUCAGACUCUAGCGAUGAAGUAAUCCUUUUCAAGGGAAGAGGUUCCCGAAAUGGUAUCCAGCCGAACUUUCAAAAAGAGUUCCCCGAAUCUCUACCAGCCUCAGAGCAUAGUACUUUCGCAACGCUGCCAACAACCCAUCCUAGCGUCUCCCCACCCAGUGACUUGGAUCUGCUUAUCUCUGGUUCGGGUGAUGAAUGCGGUACCGAUGCUGCUGUCGACGACUAUAUUCAAAAUAUGUCUACCGAGGACAUGGCGGACAUGGUCCGGCAACUCACAGCAAAUCACCGAGAACUAGGAGGGUAUGACAACGACAUCGUCGUUGAUAUUGCGAGUAACAGCAACGGCGGGGACAAUAGCGGUAACGGCACUGACAGCGACAGUGGCGGCGGUAUUACUUCGAGUGGAGUAGCGCAAGAUGCGGUCGGAAAGUACAGCCGGCGAACUCCGAAACGUGGAGGCGCACGAGAUAACACCAACAACAACGUCGAUAAUAGUGCCUCUGAUGAUGCGUGGCAGCUUACAACAGACUCGGACGACGAGCACCUUUCCAGGCUGUUAGCAAAGCAAGAGGGAAUGGGCCUAGGUGAAGAGGACUCGAUACUCCUAGACGCUACCCCAGCCGCUGUUGACUCGACGAAAUGUCGACGAGUCAGCAAGCGACCCAAACCCCCAAAAGGAUCACCUAUUUUAAACCCGUCAGCCCUGGCGAAGUACGAUCUCACGAAAAGGUUUCCAGCAUCUCAUGGAUCUUAUCCUAGUGCCGAAGCUGUCGCGGAUGCGUUUGAGCAGCUCGAGGUUACUGGUUGGGCUGGCAAUCGUGGCAGAUUGGAGCUAGAAUUAUCUGACUUGGAAUUGAAAAAUAGCAUGCAAGCAUCAUGGCAAAAAGACCGGCAACGGAAAAGGGAUCGAAAAAUAGCUCGAGAGGAGCUGAGGGCUCAAGGGCUCCUGGGAAAAUUUUCAAACCCGAAUGACCCCCGUGUCAAAUAUCCAAAUGGCAUGAACCUCGACGACAUAAAGACUGAAUUUCGGUACUUCUUACUCGGGUCUGAGCACAAGUACGUUAUAACAUUGGCUCCUAUGGAUGCACACGCACGCAAGAUUAUUCACGAGAUAGCCUAUCGCUUCAACAUAACCUCCAAAUCCACCGGCUCAGGCGACCAGCGUCGCCCUUCUCUCGUUCGUACAAAGGCCACCGUACGUUUUGACGACGAGUUUUUUCAAAGUGUCUUUGAAAAAUACAGGCGCCGCAUUUUUACCAGAUUUGUCAGUAGAGCCACCGAAUUAGAAAAGAAGACCAUGGCACGCAAAGGAGGAAAUACGGCCGCCGCAACCGUUCGAAAUGGAGAAGUGGUAGGCGGAUCUGCCCCAGAAAUCAGCAUCGCCAAUAAAGGGCGCACAAUGCUCGAAAAAAUGGGCUGGAGCACAGGCAUGGCACUUGGGGCGGUAGACAAUAAGGGCGUGACUCAAAUUAUUGAGCACGUCGUGAAACGUUCCAAAGCUGGCCUCGGAUAA